GUUGGGUUGUUGUUCACAAUGCGAUUGCCCCCUUCAGCGCGCUGGCUUCCGUGUCUACGCGCGAGAGCUCCAGUCCCGAGCAGUCCACGCGUGCGGUGCAGCAGUCUCCAUGUCUUGAGCGGCGGCGUGCAGCGGCGGCAGGACAGGGAUUGGACGGGUUCCCUGCGUGCAUUGGGCGGUUCUGUGCAUGGCCAGCCUCACUCUGCAUUCCCCAUCCAUCGCCGUCUCUAUUCUGUAAUUGCGGCACCAGAACACGAGACUGACAGCAUGUAGGCUUUCAUCCCACGUCUUGCAUCACAUUCACUCAAUAUGACUAUCAGGGCCGCGCAGUUUACGCCAAAGGUGCUGCUCAGCGCACCGCGCAGAUCCGAGGGCAUUCCGAACUCGGAUGCGUCCAAGGUGCUGUAUAGCGUGUCGACGUACAGCUUCGAGGAGCACGCGAAGAAGUCCGAGAUCCGGAUUCUUGAUGUUGCUAGUCAGCAGACCACGCUCGUCACAGACGACAAGACAGCGAGCGAGCCUGCGUGGAUCGACGACGACAACGUGCUCGUAUUGAAGUCUGGUGAGGACGGCGUUACCACCCUGCUCGUUGGAAAGGCUGGCGACUUUGAGAGCGACAACUACACUGCUGGCACUAUUGAAGGCCCAGUCGGCGACCUGAAGACGUACAGGCUCAGCGAUGAUGAGAUUGCGUUCGCUGUCUCCGGCAAAGCCAAGCCUGAUGGCACCUUGUUCAACCCCGAGAAGGCCGAGAAACCUCUCACGUCGGGCAGGCUGUACAAGUCCAUGUUCGUCCGUCACUGGGACCACUACGUCACAGAGAACAGGAACGCACUCUGGCUAGGCAAGUUGGUGAAGAAGGAUGGCAAGUUCGAGCUGUCCAAGCUCAAGAACGCACUGAAGGGCACCAAGCUCGAAAGCCCAAUUGAUCCCUUCGGCGGCAAGGACCAUUUCGACAUUUCCAAGAACGGUCUUGUGUUCACGGCGAAGGACCCCGAUCUCAACCCUGCCCUGCACACGAGGACUCACAUCUACGUUUCCGCGCACUCCGGUCCUGGCUUCUGGAAACACCCCGACUUGUGGUCCGAUGAGACGUCAGAAAUCCGCCAAGUGGAUAUCGCGAAGAGUCAUGGAUUCGAGGGUGCCUGCACAAGCCCUGUGUGGUCCAACUCAGGAGACAUGAUUGCGUUCUUGGCCAUGCGGACCGACGGCUACGAGUCGGACAAGAACCAGCCCUUCAUCAUCCACGACUACAACAAACUCGACAGCGUGACAGUCCUCUACUCCACCAAGGAUGGCAAGGGCAAGUGGGACCGCAGCCCGCAGUCCGUCGCUUGGAGCCCGGAUGACUGGCACCUAUACUUCACAGCCGAAGACCACGGGCGCGGAAAUCUCUUCCAUGCUGGACCGCCCAAGCGCCCAGGCGAAGACUCGCCGCUGCCUACAGUUCUUGUCAAGGGCGGAAAUGUUGCGGACAUGAAGGUGUUAAAGUCAGGCAAUAUCUUCAUCACCUCGAACAGCUUGAUCGAGAACAGUCUGUACUCGUUCGUCCCUGUGAGCGACCAGAAGAACCACGCAAACACGUACGAACUCCCGCUCUCCGACAAGUCAACCGAGUCUGGCAGCCUCACGACGCGCUACAUCUCCUCCAACACCCGCUCCGGCUCCAUGUUCGGCCUCUCCCGCUCCCAGAUCAGCGAGAUCCACUGGGACGGCGCCGCCCCCGGUACCUCAGUGCACGCCUGGGUCGUGAAGCCGUCCAACUUCUCCUCGGACAAAACCUACCCCCUCGCCUACCUCAUCCACGGCGGCCCCCAGGGUGCCUGGGAAGACUCGUGGAGCACGCGCUGGAACCCCGCCGUCUUCGCCGAGCAGGGCUACGUCGUGGUCUGCCCGAACCCGACCGGCAGCACCAGCUACGGACAGGCCUUCACCGACGCGAUCCAGGGCGAGUGGGGCGGGCUGCCGUACGAAGACCUCGUUUUGGGUUUCUCGCACAUCGAGAAGAACCUGUCAUACGUCGACACCGACCGCGCCGUCGCCCUCGGCGCCUCCUACGGCGGCUAUAUGGUAAACUACAUCCAGGGCCACCCGCUCGGGCGCCGCUUCAAGGCCCUCGUGACGCACGAUGGCGUGUUCAGCAUGGCGAGCCAGAUGUCCAGCGAGGAACUGUACUUCCCGUUCCACGACCUGCGGGGCGCGCCGUGGACACACCGCGACGCGUGGGCGCGCUGGGACCCCUCGGCGCACACCCAGCACUGGGCGACGCCGCAGCUGGUGAUCCACAGCGAGCUGGACUACCGGCUGCUAAUCGGCGAGGGGCUGGCGGCGUUCCACACGCUGCAGGUUCGGGGUGUAGAGAGUCAGUUCCUGACGUUUCCGGACGAGAAUCACUGGGUGCUGAAGCCGGAGAACGGGCUGUUGUGGCACGAGACGGUGUUUGGGUUUGUGAAUCCCAAGGUGGGGCUCCCGCCGCUGAAGGCGGACGAGUAGUGUAGUGGUGUGGUGUAGUGUUAAGGAUAGUCCGUAGCGAUACAUGACACACACUUCUCACCC